AGCUCCACCCUGAUUUACAGGUGUCUGGGAUGUAAACACAGAUGAGUUGAGAGACACUCUUGUGCUCUUUGACAGCUGGACCAGACACAGAGAGAGAGUCAGAGAAACACAACUAGCUAAAAAAUUGAAUUGCGUAGGUGGCAAAAUGGCCAGCAGACUGUCUAUUACAGAGGAGGAUUUCUACUGCCCCAUCUGCUGUGACGUCUUCAGGGAUCCCAUUAUCCUAUCCUGCUCUCACAGCAUCUGUAACGGCUGCGUGAAAACCUUCUGGAACCGGCGAGAAACUCAAGAGUGUCCUAUCUGCAGAGCUGUGUCCACCAACCCUAACCCACCUAUUAACAUUGUGCUGAGAAACAUGUGUGAUCUGAUGAGAGAAGAAACAACUCAGGAGCCUCCCGUAGAGAUGGUGGAGUUCUGUAGUCUUCAUGGAGAACCUCUUACUUUCUUCUGCACUGAAGAUCAAGAAGUAGUUUGUGGGAAAUGCAGAAAUGUCAAAUCGCAUAAGAACCACCGAAUCCAUUUAACAGCAGACGCGUCGCAGGACCUGAGGCAACAGCUCCAGCUGAAACUUAAGACCUUUCUGGAGAAACUCAGAGUCUACGAGCAAAUCAAACAGUCCUGGGAUGAAACAGCAGAUUAUAUGAAGAAACAGAGCCAACACACUGAGAAUACAAUUAAGGAGGCGUUUGAAAAGCUUCACCAGUUUCUGGACAUUGAAGAGGCAGACAGGAUGACGAUGCUGAGGAAAGAAGAAGAGCAGAAGAGUGAGAUAAUUAAAAAGAAGAUUGAGGAGAUUAGAUCAGGGAUGUUUUCUCUCUCAUGCAUUAUCGAGUCCAUCGAAGAACAGCUGAGAAGGAAUGACUACAGAUUUCUAGUGAACUACAAGGCUACAAUUGAAAGAACAAAGUGUACAAUGCGGGAUCAGAGCAGACCUUCAGGAAUGCUCAUCAAUGUAGCAAAACAUGUGGGUAACAUAACAUUUGAAGUAUCCAAGAAACUACAAGCCAACACCCGAUACACCCCAGUAACCUUUGACCCCAACACCGCCCAUCCUUAUCUGCUCGUGUCAGAUGAUCUGACUAGUAUAACUUACACUGACGAGCAUUUCCAUCAGCUUCCAGCAAACCCAGAGAGAUUCGACGGCUACACAAGCAUUCUGGGUUCUGGGGGCUUUAACUCGGGGACUCACUGCUGGGACAUCGAGGUGGGUGACAGCACAGCCUGGGCUGUGGGAGUAAUCACAGAGUCCGCAUACAGACACAGACAGACCUCCAAAACGGGUCUGUGGUAUGUGGGCUUCUGCAACGGGAAAUACGGGAAGGGCUGUUCUCCAGAGAUCCUCACCCUUCUACGGGUCACCCAAAGAAUUCAGAGAAUCAGGGUGCAGCUGGACUGGGACAAGGGCAAAGUCACAUUCACCGACUUGGGUCAUAAUAUCGGCCUGCAUAUGUUUAAACACACGUUCACUGAGAGAGUGUUCCCUUACUUUUAUAGUCACUGUAUGAAACAUCCUAUGAGGAUCAUAGAGGUAAAGACAGCUGUGGAAGCACACGUUUAAGCCAAUACAACUUUAAACUGGUGAAGUUAAGCAGUUAAAGGUUAACUGUGAUAUAAAUAAUACAACAAUAUAAAAUCAUCUUAAAGAGAAAGUCGCAAGAACAGUACUGCGAUAAAACAUUACUGCAUGACAGCAAUAUUCAAUCCACGUACACUACAAAUAGAUAAAUCAAAUAACUAGAAUUGUUGUGUUUUGGAGAAAAAAAAAAACUUAAAAAUUGAUUUACCUGACAAACUAGAUUAGGUUUUCAUUAGGUUAGGCAUUAGGUUUCAGAGAAGGUUUUUUUAUUAAGAAAGAAAGAAAGAAAGAAAAUAUCACUAAAUGUAUU